UGUAGAAUGCGGAUUUCGGAGCUAACAAGAAUAGCUAGCCAUUAAGCUAAAAACAACCGUUUUGUUGUUUGGCUUCAAACUGGGGGAAAUGUCUAAAACGCACUCGCAGCCCCCGCAGUCUUCGGCAGCGACGACUACCGGGGGCACCUCUUCGUCCUCACCCGCGGGGGGUUCGACAUCUCCCGCAACCGUGUUGAACGUGCAGCCCGAGAAACCUCAGCAUUACACAUAUCUGAAGGAGUUCAGGACUGAGCAAUGCCCCCUGUUUGUGCAGCACAAAUGUACACAACACAGGCCCUUCUCCUGUUUUCACUGGCACUUCUUGAACCAGCGGCGCCGCAGGCCUAUUCGCCGGCGGGAUGGGACGUUCAACUACAGCCCAGAUGUUUACUGCACCAAAUAUGAUGAGGGGUCAGGCACCUGUCCUGAUGGAGAUGAAUGCCCAUUUCUACACCGGACAGCAGGUGACACAGAGCGCAGAUACCACCUUCGCUACUAUAAAACGGGAUCCUGUAUCCAUGAAACUGAUUCAAAAGGCCACUGCAGCAAAAAUGGCUCCCACUGUGCCUUUGCACAUGGGUCACAUGACUUGCGCAGCCCUGUCUAUGAUAUCAGAGAGGUGCAGGUGAUGGAGACUCAGGGAGGCUCAGGAGCCUCAGAGGGAGGUGGUGGAGGAGGAGACGGACAGUCAGGACAAGCAGCGAGUACUGCACUUAUAGAGAAGAUACUUAGCGAGGAACCACGUUGGCAAGAUAACAAUUAUGUGCUGUCCCACUACAAGACAGAGCUGUGUAAGAAACCGCCACGUCUAUGCCGUCAAGGUUAUGCCUGUCCGUAUUACCAUAACAGCAAAGACAGGAGACGCAGCCCGCACAAACACAAAUACAGAGCAUUGCCAUGUCCUGCAGUUAAACAGAGCGAGGAAUGGGGGGAUCCCAGUAAAUGUGAGGGAGCAGAGGGAUGUCAGUAUUGUCACACCAGAACAGAGCAGCAGUUCCACCCAGAGAUCUACAAAUCCACAAAGUGUAAUGACAUGCAGCAGUGCGGUAGCUGUCCCCGAGGGCCCUUCUGUGCCUUUGCUCAUAUUGAAAAGCCUUUUAUUCCAGAUGAACCAUCAAUCCCCUCUCCCAGCUCCCCUCCACCCCCCAGACCUCCUGACCCUCUUCCCGUUCAGGAGGCCCCUUCAAGCCCCAGUGGAAUGAGCAUGGGGCACGGGACUGGUUCCAUGUCAGACCCCUUUUCCCUGUCUGCCGGGUCAUGUGCAGCAGAGCGCGGGCUGCUGGGCAAUGUUCUGUCCUUGUGUGAGGAGUUGAGCGGAGCAGUAGAGCCUCUGUCUCCGUGGGCAGGAGAAGGAGGAUACGGCAGGGCGCCGGGGUUUGAGAGGGAGGACCAGGCCAAGCACAGGAGUUUUGCUCUAGAGCAGCGCAAUAAAGAAUUUGCAUCAGCACAAAGCAAACAGGACCUGUUAGUGUUUUUACCAGUGGGCAGCCCUUUGAGCUUGUCCUCCAGCAUCCCCUCGAGUCUGGCCGCUACUCCUCCGAGUCCUGCCCCUCUUGGACCACUGGGCUCAGGCAUCACCUCGGGCAUGAAUGCUAACGCUCUGCCUUUUUACCCCACGAGUGAGACGGUGGAAUCUGUAGUAGAAUCAGCCUUGGAUGAUCUUGACCUGAAUGAUUUUGGUGUGUCGGCACUGGAGAGGAGUUUGGAGAGCAGCUCUGCUUUGCCAAGUGUGGGAGUAAUGCUGGGAGGUAGCCAGCUUCAGAGUUCUGCCCCUGUCAACAUCCCCGGAUCCUUUAGCAGCUCUGCUCCUUUCAGCUCGCCUUCACCGUCUCCUCCAAUUAGGCCUCACACGUCUCCUUUCUUUUCCUCUCACCUGUCGCAGCAUGGCCAAUCAGAGAGCAGCUUCUUAGGUCCUUCACAUAGCUCUUUAGGUCUAAAUGGUAUGAGUACAAAUAUCUGGGAGCACUUUCCAUCCGGGCAGGGGUCCCCCGGGACACCCCCUGCCCUUCUGCCCUCUGGCCCCUGUGUAGAGGCCACCAGGCUCAAACAGGAGCUGGAGGAAGCUCACAGGACGCUGAAGCAGUGGGGUCACAGCUGGAGACACACAGCUCAGUCGUGGGCCACGGUGAAGGCCGACACGGAGGAGUCGCGCGCCCACGCGACACGGGCAGCCAUGGAGGUGGAGAGAACCAGGCAGGCUGAGGAGGAGGCGCAGAGACAGGUCACUCUCCUGCAGGAGGCGCUGGAGAGCUUAAGGAGCGGGGACAACCCACAUCUAGCGCUGCAUCAGCUGCAGCUACUGCACAGACUGCCGAUGGAGUCGGUGCUGAGUUUGCAGGCUCAGCUUUGUAGCUGCUUACAUGCUGUAGAACAGGUUGUGUUCAGGAAACAGAGGCAGUGCUGUGUGACGUGUGGCAAGCCUGGCUCGGCGUUCCUGCCCUGCGGCCACGGACUACAGUGCGAGAGCUGCUCCGCCUCCACAGAGUGCCCGCUCUGCCCUGAACAGACCCUGGACCAACAGCGCUCUUGACGUCACAGCCCACGUCGGACCACGGCAGACCACCGACCAGUCAGUUCUGAUUCCUCAGAUACCAGCCUUGGACCUCAGCCGCCAUUAGGAGUUACAUUGAGGUCGUUUUAUAACAUGGUAACAACACUAUCACUGACCCGGUUUUGUAUUUUUAAGAUGACGUCGACUGGUCAAUGACCGACUUCCUGAGCGCCUGGCACAAAGUGAAAGCUCUUAAUGUCGAAUUUAGAAUUAACAAUUUUUUCCAGUGUUACCCGAGGAGAACCAGUACAUUUUUACGAGUAAUUGCUCUCAACCAGCAACACUGUUUCUGAUUUGUGAAAGAAACUUAAAAGACCUGCUGUUAUUUCUUCACUAACCUAAUGAAACUCGGCUCUCAUAUAUAUAUAUAUAUAUAUUCCUAAAUGAUAUUUUAAUGUUUCAAAAAUAUGAGCUCAUCCUAAAGAUGCAGAAAACACAUCUCUGUGUGUUUUCUCUCCAUCUGGACAGUUUCAGCUGGUUUUGCUGUCACGAAGGUCAAAGGCAUUUGUUUGUUUUUUGGAAUUCAAAGCUCUGGGACAUUUCAAAUGUGAGUUGAAAACUCUGGUCUCCUCUCAGAAAUCGAGACAAUUGCUCAUGACAAUGUACAUUUCUUUACAACCUUUUCAGUCCUCCACAGUUAGGAGCUCCCUCUGACUGUGGAUAAAUAUACCACAGAUGUAAACAGCAGUGGUUUUCCUGGCUAAGGUCCAACUUGAGGCUCAUUUAUACUGAACAAAAACAGGUCUUUUGUCCGUCCUCUGCAUUCAUGUCAGCCGUAUUUGUGCACAUCUACUGAAAGCCUUCAGAUACAGACACACUGACGAAGCGGCAGUACUACUGGCAAUCAUGGGGGGGGCAGUGUAGUCCAUGUGAGACGGCCCUCAGGAGGAACACAGGUUUUUUGAAGUCAGAAUUCUGACUUUAAAAUUCUGAUUUAAAUCUUUAAUCACUUUAAUCUCAGAAUUCAGGCUUUUUGACUUUAAUCUCAGAAUUCUGAUUUUUUUUUCACAAUUACAAUUUUCUGAAAUUCUGACUUUAAUCUCAAUAAUCUCAGUACUCUGACUUUAAUUUCAGAAUAAUAUCAGAAUUCUGAGUUUUUUCACAGAAUUAUGAUUUUCUGAUUCGGGUUUACAUCUCAGAAUUCUGACUUUAAUCUCAGAAUAAACUCAGAAUUCUGACUUUCUAACUUUAAUCUCAGCAUAUCUGCUGUUUUAUUUACUUUCAAAAACAUUUUUACAUGUGUUCCAAAUACUCUUCUGUACAAAAGAGACUUUUUAAGUUGGUAAGAAACUUUUACCUCUUACUGUCUAGAAGUACAUUAUCACAUCCUCUUCCACGUCCGCCAUGUUUGUUCUCAUUAGUUGUUGAUUCUGUGCUGCUAUCUAACGGAUGUAUAACGUAUGAAAAGGACUCACUGAAGUAGACAUGAGUAGAAUAAAUGAGCCUCGAGUUGGAGGAAACCUCUGAAAUAGCAAGAUUUCUAAAUGGGGUUUGGUGUUUGCACUAGUGUUUAAGAAAGCAGGGGAUGGGAUUCUGAGGAAUAUAGAUCACAGAGUGAGAGGCUUUGGUUUCUGUUCAUUAAGUUUUGUAACUGUCAGAGCUCGACGGAUACAUCACAUGGUGUUGCUUAAACAUACAGUUCAUAAUAUCCUGAGUAAUGUGUCACUGUUUCUGGAAGAGGAGACCAAAUUAUUGUAGUUGUGUGACGGCAAACAACACCAGACUAAAUGUCUAAAUGGACGGAAUAAACACCGCAUCUUUAUUUGAAAGUAACAGCAUCAACAGGUCUGACUGAAAACAAUAUAAAGGCAUAUUAUUCACUUUCAUAAUAAUCCUAUAAUGCUACAGCCAAAAGGAGGCCAUACCAGACUGCUGGUAGCGCUUGUCUAGAUUAUGGUGAUUGAUUGAUUUUUUUUUGUUUUGUUUUGUUAUUGUAAUAAUAUUUUAGUAAAAUGCAUUUAUUUAAAAAAAAACAACAAUUCUGUUAAAUAAUGACAAAAUAUUUAAACAUUAGUAAUAUUUGUUUAAGUUUCCAACAGAUGGCCUCUUGAAGCACUCAGGUUUCUCCAGUGUUCCAGACAUAAACUGGAAGAUUAAAGCAUGUUAACACAAUCAAGGCAAAUGUACUCGGUCAACACGUGUAGUCUUUGAAAUUACAUCCUUUUUUUUUAUUUUUACUUAAGUGCUUUUCAUGUUUUUUUUUUGUUAAACCUGGCCCCUUUUGCUAUGAUUAAAAACAUUUUUACAUUUGUAGUCAUCUUUGACAUUUCACAGUGUGUCAAAUGUAGUCUAACAUAUAUAUUAUAUAUAUAUAUAUAUCUCCAUAGUUAAGUGAUGUCAUUAUCUUUUGCACUGAUCAGACAAAGCAUCAGGAAGCAGACAGAUGUGUAAAAGUGUGUAAGGUUUAAAUGCAGGCGUGAACGUGUUCAUGAUCACUGUGAUGGUCUCUGCUAAUAACCCAUGCUCGGCAUUCUGUCCACACACCAGAUCAUCCAACACCAGUGUUUUCCUUCUGAGUGGAUUUCCUUUUCUUUCUUUUUUUGGUACAGAUCAUUAAAACAAAUUGUAUAUUUUUGGAUUAAGAA